UACAACAAUAAACGCAAGUAGUUCUCAAGAAUGCAGGAAGAACGCACAUUGCCUGCCCUCCGAAUUUCACUUCCUGUGUACGGUCUGUUCUCAUUCUUACAGAUCUGGGUCUCUAAGAUCUCUAAAUAGUAUACAAUAUACCCUACUUGUUUGAAUUUUAAAGAAACAUUUUCCCAGUGAUUUGAGACAAAAUGCCGAAAACGGUAAAAGAUUGUUUGAUUGACACAUUCGACGAUUUGGACGAUGUAGAGUUUAAGAAAUUCAAAAGUAAACUCGUCGAUCGAAAGGAAGAGCCUAGAAUACGUAAGGGUACGGUGCAAAAUGCAGAUAAAUUGGACCUGAUUGACAAACUCGUGAGCACUUUCACAGAGAAAGACGCGGGACAGGUCACAGUUGAUAUCUUAAGAUCUGCGAAUUUUACACAGGAGGCCAACGAUUUGCAGAAGAAUUUGGAAAACGUUUCAAUGUCUUUUGGACUGACUGGUCAGAGUAGACCUACUUAUGGUCCAUCUGCAGGAUGUUCAACUUCCAUGGUGAAUGAAAAGCACUUUUUGGAUGAGCACCGAACCGCCCUCAUCGAAAGAGUUAACAAUGUGAAUUCCAUCUUGGACCGUCUCCUGGAUAAACACAUUCUCAACUCAGUCAGCUACAGUGAUAUUUCUACCUUGCCCAAUGAUCAGAGUAAGAUGAGGACGCUGUACAACGGCCCCUUAAAAUCAUGUGGGAAUAGGGGAAAAGAUGAGUUAUUCUCAAUCCUACAGGACCUCCAGCCAUAUCUAAUGGCUGAACUGAUGAACAACAAAGGAGACAUUUAAGCACAAGUAAUGUUUGUUGAGCUUAACAGAAUAAGUCAACAAUUUGACAGGUUUUUAACAACAGGGCUAUAACACUGAGCCAGUUGGUCUAGAUAAAAAUAUACAAUAUAGAACACAUUAAUGGUGUACUUGAUACAUGCAAUGGUAUGUUAUGGUAAAGAAGAUAUAAAUGCCAUUUAAUUAAAAUACUACAUUUUAAUUUC